AUGUCCACGCCAAAAAUAGGACCUAUUACGACCUAUACGUUCGUCACGACGGCCAAGAACCCGUCAGUCGUUUAUUCUCCCAUCAGCACACCACGGUACGGCCAUGAUCCUGAGACGAAGGCCCCGCAAGAUAAGCACACAGCUGUGAAACCUGCCGACAAGCCCACCGACAAUCCCCGGCAGCCGGCCCCCAACGACCAGAAGCCACCCGACUCGCCGACAAACCAGCCUCAGCCGGCCCCAGACAACCAGAAGCCACCCGACUCGCCGACGAGCCAGCCUCAGUCGCCCCCAAACGACCAGAGGCCACCCGCAUCAACGGUUCCGCCACGUGAGAGUGUAAAGGAACCACCAAAAGCCACUUACACAAUCACCGUCGAGCCCACCAAGGUCAUCGUCAACGACCAGACGUUUACAGUUACGAACCCCUCCGAGACACGUCAAGUCAGCGUGAGCGGUGCGGAGUUCACAAUCAACCCAAGCGAGGUAGUUGGCGGAGGUACCAUUGUUGACCGGCCGGGCAAUGUUGGCCGAAGCACCGUGGCGCCUUCGAGCACCGUCGUGGGAGAUGUACCAGUCGUCGUUGCACCAGAUAGUUUACAAAAUGUUGUAGUGGUCGGAGGGACGACGUUCGAGCUGCAAGCUACACCAGUCGUGGCCGUGGUCCAGGGGCAGACCAUUACGAUUCAGUCUUCCGGUAUCGUGUUCCCGAAACAAACGGUGUCGAUCAAUCGAUCUUCCCCGACACAGACGGAGAUUGUUGUUGCGGGCGGCGAGAUGGUGACCGCUAUUGGUCCCAGUGUUGUGAUCGUUCACUCGACGACGUUCACGUAUGGUCUGGCGUCGUCCACCAUCACAGAGAUUGUCGACGAUGAUACCAUUCUGAUAGGGCCAUCAGGGGUCAUUGUGCGCAACGUGACCAUGGGCGGCCCAAACGCGAAGGCCUCGGACACGGCCUUUGAGAUCGUGGGUGGUGCGACGAUCACACAGGUAGGGGCUUCGGUGGUGGUCGUAGAAGGCAAGACGUUCACGGUCGGUCCAGGGAGAGGAACUACGACGACCGUCAUUGGUGGUGAGACCAUCACAAUUGGCCCAUCCGGGGUAGCUGUGUCAACCCUCAGCUUGCGCUACCCCUUUGGGCCGACUGUUGUUACCACAAUCAGCGCGCCGACAGCCACAGCGCCGUCGGCGCCGGCACCUUCGGAGACGAAAACGAAUGGCGGCCCAGGUGUGAGGCACGCGAAGAGGACAGCAGGUCCCCGACUUGAGUUUUGCAUAGCGAUCGGCGUCUGGGUUCUGGGUCGGUUGGUUUGA